ACCAAAGAAGAAGAACCCGCACAUGCGCAGUGUGGGUCUGAUUGAGUGUUGGUGAAGAUGUCUGCGCCCAUAGACCUGGAGCUGAAGAAGGCGUUCUCGGAGCUGCAGGUGAAGAUGAUCGACACGCAGCAGAAGGCGAAGUUGGCUGAUCUGCAGAUCGAUCAGCUGACUCGAGUUCAGAAACUCGCCAAGCUAACCAACGCAGAGAUCAGCACCCUGUCCGACAACACAAGGCUCUACGAGGGAGUCGGACGCAUGUGAGCCUCCAUGACAACCAGGAUCUUUGAUCACCUGGCCAGGUUACACUGACAUC